GCAGCACCAGCAGAGACUGUAUAAAAGGAUUCUUACAACAAACACGCACGAGAGAGAGAGAGAGAGAGAGAGAGAGAGAGAGAGAGAGCCCUCCGACCUACUGCCCCGUCUUUCGCCGCACUGCUCGUUUGGAAAGAAAGUGAGAGAAAGUGAGGCAAAUUAAAGACACUGAAAGAGAUAUUUCUGAUUUUCUGAUCGAAAUUCGAAGCAGAUUCUCCAGCAUUUGGUCUCUCAAACGACCGUUCCAUCCCGCGGUUCGUCCGGUGCUCAUAUUUGCGACGGCGUUCGAUUUUUUUAAUUUGCGUUCGGUUGUUGAGGCAGUAGGAAGCUCAAUUACGCGGAGUUGGUCGUAAUUCAGAUCAGCGAAUUUACGGGAGAGAUUUGCUCGGAAAAUCUUCGGCAGAUUUUCUCAUCAAGACUUGAGUCUGCAGCUUCUUAUUCGUGUACCGGCGUCCCUCUUUUAAUUUUUGAGUCAUACGAAGCGUCCGGACGCAAAAGUGAAGGGCGUGCCUCUGAUCUUCUGGCAGGGGCACGAUUUAUGUAUCAAUAUUAUCAGAAAAUUAUCUUUCUGUUAUUGAAGCGGAUCUUGAAGUCCUCCAAAGAAUUUCAAGUCUAAACAGGGUUCAAUUCUGAUUCUAAGGUCAACCACUCCACUUCAAGAUUUGAACAGCUGGAAACUCACAGCGAAUUUUCCGGGAAAUUUUUCGUUGGGUGAGUAAAUCGAAUUGCGAAGAAAUCUAAGAGGAGAAUAGAGAGAUCAAAUCCCGCAACACAUCUCAUCAGCUGUGGAUGGAGAUUCCUCAACCUCGGUCCUUUGGAACAGAAGGGAGGAAACCAACACAUGAAUUUCUGUCGCUGUAUUCACCGGUUCAGCAAGAUCCACGACCUUCUCAAGGAGGCUACCUUACAACUCAUGAUUUCCUUCAACCAUUGGAACGGGGAGGGAAGAACAUAUCCAAGGUAGAGAACACAGCUGAGAUGACUUCUGAGAAGCCUCCACCUCUUGCUUCUCCAACUUCAGUUGAGCACAUCCUUCCUGGAGGCAUUGGGACGUAUAGCAUAAGCCACAUUCCAUCAUAUUUCAAUCAAAGGGUUCCAAAGCCGGAGGCAACAACAUUCACAGUGGCUGAAGGAAGUAGUACUGAUAGAAAUGAGGAAACUUCCAAUUGCAGUUCUUACACUGGAAGUGGUUUCACUUUGUGGGAAGAAUCUGUAUUGAAGAAGGGGAAGAACAGGAAGGAGAAUUUGGGAGAAAGCCAUCUAAAAGAGCCAGGGGUAAAGUUGGGGCAGUGGACAACAGAGCGGCCAUCACAGUCUUCUUUCGCACAUAACAGCAGCUUCAGCUCUCUUUCUUCCUCUCAGCCAUCAGGGCAGAAGAGCCAGAGCUUCAUUGAUAUAAUAAAAUCUGUGAAGGGUGCUCAUGAAGAGGAGGAAUAUGAAGAUGAAGAAUUCAUUCUUAAGAAGGAAGCCUCUUUGCACAAAGGGGAUUUGGCUGUUAAAGUUGAUGGGAAGAGCAUUGAUCAGAGGGCUAACACCCCACGAUCAAAACACUCUGCAACCGAGCAGCGUAGAAGGAGCAAGAUCAAUGAUAGAUUUCAAAUGUUGAGAGAGCUUAUCCCACACAGUGACCAAAAGAGGGAUAAGGCAUCCUUCUUACUAGAGGUUAUCGAAUAUAUUCAAUUUUUACAGGAAAAGGUACACAAGUAUGAGGGAUCAUGCCAAGGAUGGAAUCAUGAACCAGCAAAAGUUAUACCUUGGACAAACAGUCACAGACCUGCAGAAAGUCUCAGCAAUCAAACUAGAGGCAUAAAUAACGCAUCUAGUCCAGCAUUAUUAUUUGCAGCAAAGAUCGAUGAGAACAAUAUCAAUGUCUCCCCCACCAUUCCCAGGAAAGCAAAUAUCAGAGGUGAAGCUGACGUAGGUACUGCAACAACCUUCAGAGGAAUGGAUCACCAACCUGGAUUAGCGGCUGUGCCCCUUCCAACGUCAUUGCCACCUAAUGUAUUUAAUCCUUCUGGGAAUAGUGGUACAGUAUCCCAAGUUCCACAUAGAGCAGCAUCUGAUGCAGAGAACACAUCUGGGCCUCAAUCUCAGCUAUGGCAUGGCAGAUCAUGUACAACUGAUUGUGCUGCUGCUAGUGAUAAACUGAAAGAACGAGAAAUGAAUGUUGAAGGUGGUACAAUUAACAUUUCAAGUGUGUAUUCUCAAGGCUUGUUGAAUACUUUGACAAAAGCACUACAAAGUUCUGGCGUGGAUUUGUCACAGGCCAGCAUCUCAGUGCAAAUUGAUCUAGGAAAGCGAGCAAAUGGCAGGCAGGCUGUUCCAUCUUCCAUUAGAAAGGAUAAUGGGGUUCUGUCUGAUGAUCGAGCAAUGGCACGUUCAAGAGUUUCAAGCUGCGGCGACGAGUCUGAUCAUGCCCAAAAGAGGCUCAGAAUGAGCAAAAGCUAGUAUGACAAAUUCAAUUAUAUUCUUUUUUUUUUUCAAUUUUAAUUUUAUUCAUUUUUUGGUAUCCCUUUUCUUAGGGAGUUUUAUACUCACAUCUUCUGGUCUGCAACCUGUCCAAUUGAGACCAACACUGAUUAUACGUCUAGUGUUCUCUAGUUCAUUGGGAUGCUAAGCUUAUCCUAACAAACAGCCGUGUACUAUUUGUUGUAUGUUGUAUUUUUUUUUUUCCAAUCAUCAAAGAGGUUUCGAUGAUGACACUGGGAAGCUGUUUUUUGAUUCAAGGCUUCCAUUCAUGUGAAUUUCCCCGUACAUGCUUGGGACUUUUCUUGACACUUUUUCCUUUUGGUUUAUAAAGUUUUCAACUUUUUCCUGUGAA